AUGAAGCUCGAUGGUGCUCUCUUUCUGCUCCGGGCUGCCCUGCUCCUGACUUCAGGAGUAUAUUGUGGCAUUUGCCCAGAUAUAAAACAGGAUGCUCAUCUAUUUUUUCACUGGACCCCAGAAGAGUAUUUUGAAUAUGUGAAACAAUACAAAGACGAUCCUGAAAUACUGGAAAAUACUGAAAAGAUCAAGAAAUGUGUCCAUAGCACAUUGACAAACAAAGACAAGACACAUGCAACUGCUUUCAUAGAAAAAAUAGAAGCCAGUCCAGCAUGUUGAUGUUUACAUCUUUGUUCUCAAGGAAGUCAAUUGCCUGCUCACCUGCAUAGAUGCAAUAAACCCUAUCCAUUUCUUCCAGGUAAUUAAGCACAAGAAUCCAACAAUAAAAGCCUUGUAAUUC